AUGAAACAGUCAUUUUUUGCUAAUUUGCAUGACUUUUUACGAUGUGCUCAUCAAACUCAGAUUGUGCUUGAGCGAGGCGAUCACGUCCUUCUGGUGGAUAGCAGCUCAGAUCUGCGCUUCUGGGAUCUGCAGCGUGUGUUGCCGCAAACUUGCGCCCUUAGCAACCCGGAUAGCCCAACAGCAAGCAGUCCUGACUCUCCGGCACUCGGCGUUUGGUUCAAAUCGCAGUUCCAGGAGGUGGGACCAUUCGGUCCGGACACCGGCGCUGGCUCGCCUGAGCGAUCUCAUCUGGUGCUUCGUGUUCCCGAGGUCGCAUUCACACUGACCUGGCCCGAUCCUUUGGCGCGAGAGAUUGCGGCCGGACUUCGAUGGCGAUUGAUGGCCAAUUGGUCGAUCUCUGCCAAGGAGAUGGAACGCCACUUGAUUGUCAUCGCAACCAAUCUCUUUCAAGCCUGGAAUACAGACAAAGUGGAUAAAGUUUUAAUGCAUAUUAAUCAUACUACUUAUUUGUGA